AUGAGAAAAGAAAUACUCCGUACAAUAAACACCAAAACACCGUUCGAAACGUGGGACCUUCCACAACAGGAGAUGGAUGUCCCCAGUGGCAUUCUAGGGGAAGUAAUGGUUAAAUCCACCCAAGAAAGCUUCAGCUUCUUAUUUUUGAAUGUAUCACGUCCUGAGUGUGAUGGGAUGGUCGGGGACAGGAGAUUUGAAGAGGCGUUGGACUUUGUUUGCUCCCCAACCUGGUUCAAAUCUUGGAAGCCAGCAUUGUGUGAGACGAGUGACCUUGCCUUUAUUGUGGCAUUAACGACAUGGCAGGGAGUGGAAUGUAAUGAGCAGAGGCAUAUACCUCACGACGUCCUCACUGCAUUUCCAAUGGCAAGGGAGUGCUCUCCGGGCCAGAAGCGACUGGUUUUGCCCUCUUCGGUAAGGGAUCGUGAACGUCGUCUAGCCAGUAAAGAGAAAGUUAAAGAGGCAGAAGCAUAA